AUGGCGGAAAUUUCGUCUGCUGUUGACGCCCUUUGUAAUUUCUUAAGUCUUACGUGUGUUGUAACAUGCCUUAUGUUAAAAGUACCUCAGAUGCUGGCAAUACUCAAAUCAAAAAGCACACAAAGUCUUAGUUUGACGAGCGUGUUAGUGGAAGAAUGUGCGUACUCUGUGAUCCUCUCCUACAACUUUGCAAAAGGCUACCCACUGCCAGCUUAUUUUGAAUACACCUUCCUGGUAUUUCAAGAUUUGAUACUGAUCAGUCUGAUGCUCCACUACAACCAGAUGCUGAGUAUCAAGACACUGUUCUACUUCAUCAUAUAUUUUAUUUUCUAUUCUUGCCUCGCCACUGGCGUUUUUCCUGAGCUGGUCCUUAAUACAGCAAUGAGUGGAGUAACAGGUCUUACAAUGUUUAGUAAGGGCACUCAAAUCAAAACACUAUACCAGAAGAAGGAGCCUGGUCAGAUCAGCCAAACCAGCUGGACAAUAGCUGCUUAUGGAGCACUAGUAAGGAUGCUCACCAGCAGUCUACAGACCAGAGAUGUUGUGGUGUUUAUCAACAAUACUGUCAGCGCCUCUAUGAAUAUAACAAUGGUAUGCAUGCUGAUAUACUACAAACAGAAGCCAAAGAUCAAAUCAAACUAAGACUGCUUAGUUUCGUUUUUAUUGCAGGCUGCUUAAACGACUUUGCUCACUGCAAGCUGCUUAAACGACUUUGCUCACCUAACUAUGGUAAAGAGAGUAGUCUAAAUA